AUGAAGUUUCUGCCAUUUUUGAAUUAUCAUGGUAGAUUAUCAGAAGGUGCAACUUAUAAUAAGGAGAAUAACUCUUUCUUAUGGGUUGAUAUUAUUGCCGGAAAAUUACAUCGUGUUUUCUUAUCAUCAACUACAGAAUCUGAAUAUUCAAUUGAUGAAUUAAAAAAAGUUGAAGCAACUCAUGAAGUUUAUGAAAAUCCUAAUGAAAAUUUUGGUGUUAUUUUUUUAACUAAAGAUGAUGAUUUAGUCUUGAUUGGUUGUAGAGAAGGUGUUGCUUCUUUUGAUUUCAGAACAAAAAAAUUUGAAUAUGUUACUAAAUUUGGUGAAAGUGGUGAUAAAUUAAGAUCAAAUGAUGGUAAUAUUGAUCCGUUAGGAAAUAUUUGGAUUGGAUUAACUGGUGAUUUCCAACAUAGUGCAAUUGAUGAAGGUAAAUUAAUUAAAAUUGAUAAAUCAGAUGAUAAUAAAAUUAUUACAGAAGUUCCAAAUUCUAAAAUUCCAAAUGGUAUAAAUUGGUCUAAAGAUGGUAAAACUUUAUAUUGGACAUCAUCAUUAGAAUACACAAUUUAUAAAUUUGAUUAUGAUUUGCACACUGGUGAAAUUUCAAACAAAAGACCUCAUAUUAAAAUUAAAGAUUGGUUACAUGGAUAUGAAUCACCAGAACCUGAUGGAUUUACAUUGACCGAAGAUGAUCAUCUUUAUACUGCAGUUUUCAGUACUUCAUUAGUCUUACAUUUUGAUCCUCAAGGUCAAUUGGUUGAACAAUUUAAAUUACCAGCUGAAAGAAUCACAUCAGUUAUUUUUGGUGGUGUUGAUCAAGAUGAAUUAUAUAUUACCAGUGCUAAUUUACAUUUGGAUGAUCCAAGUAAAUUAAAUCAAACUGGUAGUGAUCUUGGUGGUGCAAUUUUUAGAAUUAAAUUGGAUGGUGUUAAAGGACCAACUUAUAAUAAAUCCAAUAAUUCCUUAUUAUGGGUUGAUAUAAUUGAAGGACAAUUACAUCGAGUUUUUUUAUCAUCAAAGGGAUCUAAAUCUCAAGAAUAUCCAAUUGAAGAAUUAACAAAAGUUCAAGAAACUCAUGAAGCUUUCGAUACUCCAGAUGAAUUAUUUGGUGUUGUUUUUUUAACUAAAGAUGAUGAUUUAGUUUUAAUUGGUGGUAAAAGAGGGAUUGCUACUUUUAAUUUCCGAACAAAAAAAUUUGAAUAUAUUAUUAAAUAUCCUAAAGAAGAUUAUAAAUUAAGAUCAAAUGAUGGUAAUAUUGAUCCAAGGGGUAAUAUUUGGAUUGGAUUAAUGGGUGAUUUUGAAAAUGGUCCAAUUGAUGAAGGUAAAUUAAUCAAAGUUGAUAAAUCAGAUAAUAAUAAACUUGUUACACAAGUUCCAAAUGCUUUGAUUCCAAAUGGUAUUAAUUGGUCUCAAGAUGGUAAAACUUUAUAUUGGACAUCAUCAUUAGAUUUUAUAAUCUAUAAAUUUGAUUAUGAUUUAACCACAGGUGAAAUAUCAAAUCAAAAACCUCAUAUUAAAAUUAAAGAUUGGUUACCAGAUUUUGAAUCACCAGAACCUGAUGGAUUCACAUUAACUGAAGAUGAACAUAUUUAUACUGCAGUUUUCAGUACUUCAUCAGUAUUACAUUUUGAUUCACAAGGUCAAUUGAUUGAAAUUUUUAAAUUACCAGCUGAAAGAAUCACAUCAGUUAUAUUUGGUGGUGAUGAUUUAGAUGAAUUAUUUAUAACAAGUGCAAAUUUACAUUUGGAUGAUCCAACUAAAUUGAAUGAUGUUGGUGAUGAUCUUGGUGGAGCAAUUUUUAGAAUUAAAUUGAAUGGUGUUAAAGGUAUUUUAAAACCAUAUUAUGAAUUAUGA